GCCCGUCAAAGUCAAUCGACAACUACUCAAACUCACUAACUUGGAAAAGAUCAAAUUGCUCAAAAGUUUUCGCUAAUCCACUAACGAUCACUGGAUUGAAGAAAAAAUUGCAAAGCAGCUGAUAUUGCUAGUUGUUGCGUCAGUUGGAUUCUGGACAAUGGCUAUAUUUUGUAUUUUAAUCAAGUUAAAACUAACGACGACGGAAAGUAGUUGAGAAACAAAACUCGUUUUUAGAACCUCAAUUGAAUCAACUCAAAUGGUGGUGAUGAAAAUAUUGGUGAAGUCGCUGCACAGAUCUACAAGUUAAUACUAGCCAUAUAUGAUAGUAUUUGACGGGUUUCAACAUCUUUCUUGGGUAAAUGAAAUUUAAUUUCAUUUUGGGAUGUCGAGGAAAAUAGCUGAAGAUUUCAACCACAUUGACGACAUGGAUCCUCAUUUAGUUCUUGACCCUGGCGCUGCAAUCCUUUCUACCAACUACAAUUGUCUGCUAUCCAACAUCAAUCAAGCAUUCCAAUUUUUGAAGUCAAUCAUGAUGAUUUUGGCAAUCUAAAAGUUCUGUUGAAUUUGGUUAGGCAGGACGAUUGAAUAGAAACUUCACGCUUAGUGCGCCAAGAAAUACUUAAUUACUUCGAACAUUUGCUGAAGCAAAUUCACACGCUAAAAUUGUCAAACCGAAAACGUUCUUGAUGAUCAUCGAUGAGACCUUGGCGGAUCAGUUUAACAGAAACAAAAAUAUCAAUUUUUUCUACUAGACAUCUGUUGACAGAAAAAAUAUUUCUAAGAACAGCGUGGUUCAAUGUUAUUUAUAAUGAAAUUGUUGAUUUCGCAUUUGAUUAAUUCAAAGUCUUAUGAAAUAGUAAAUAGUGGAGAGACACCGUGAAUAAUCUUUCCGAGCAUGCCAACAGUCAAUAUCGG